UUCACAACAGUCGUGAGAGCUACGGCACCUUCCAUUCCCGGGAGUGAUUUUCUCCUUAGUUUCAAAACAAUGUGUGAAACCCUGCUCUGCAGAACAGUAGCCUCAGUAAGUUUAAGGAUGACUGAAGCAAUUUCCUCUCCCGGGGAGGUUUAAAAGCUACGGAGGGAUGAAUGGGGUUAGACCUAUCGCUGCAUUUCUAGCAGCCAUCCUAUUACAGCACUGAAUAAAAGCAGGAAUGGCAUGUCUAGCCUAGGUUAAUAAACCCUACCGAGUGCAUGCCUUAAAAGCACUACGAAACAGCCUUAAGUCAGCUUGAGAUAACUAAUUUCAAGCAUGGCUGUCUAGUGUGCCUGUCAUUCCUAUUGUCCUUCCAAACUAUUUCAGACAUUUUGAGCAGGGAGUACUAAGCUAUGAGUUAGCGGGGGUUGUGACAUUAAUGGUCCAAAAAGGUUUAAGCACCAGGAGGGAACGAUGACAGCGCUUAACAACCGGUGGCAGUUUGGAGGAUUCCGCUGGAUCUCUGUUUGUUAAUAAUUAGGCUUCGCCUCGGAGGAAGAUGUGACAACUCUCGGAGAUUGCAUCAACGAGCUCUGGAGGGAGCCCGCAGCCAGUGCUCUUCAGAUGGGAGCGUAGGAUUUGCAACAUGGGGCCCAAGAGAGACAAGGAACACGGCAAUGGGAAAGGAAAGCAGAAGGCGUCAGCACCCUUCCCACCUUCAAAGCUGGUCCUUCCAUUGUCCCACUGCAGCGAGCAAAGCCAACACUGGGCAACCCUCUAAAAUGUUUAUUUGGACCAGUGGCCGGAGCUCUACAUCUUACAGACAUGAUGAGAAAAGAAAUAUUUACCAAAAAAUCAGGGAUCACGAUCUACUGGACAAAAGGAAAACAGUUACAGCCCUAAAAGCCGGAGAAGACCGGGCCAUACUCCUCGGGCUGGCCAUGAUGGUGUGCUCUAUCAUGAUGUACUUUCUCCUGGGAAUCACCCUGCUGCGGUCUUACAUGCAAAGCGUCUGGACAGAAGAGGCUCAGUGCUCGCUUCUCAAUGCAUCCAUCACAGAAACCUUCAACUGCUCAUUUAGCUGCGGUCCAGACUGCUGGAAAAUCUCUCAGUACCCCUGCCUCCAGGUGUACGUUAAUCUUACCUCUUCUGGCCAGAAGCUUCUGCUCUACCACACCGAGGAAACAAUGAAAAUUAAUUCUGAGUGUUCAUACAUACCCAAGUGCGGCAAGAAUUAUGAGGAAUCCAUGUCGCUGGUGAACGUAGUGAUGGAAAACUUCAGAAAGUACCAACGCUUCUCCUGCUUCUACGACCCCGAAGGCAUUCAGAAGAACGUGAUAUUAACCAAACUGUACAGCUCCAACGUGCUGUUCCACUCCCUCUUCUGGCCCACCUGCAUGAUGAUCGGCGGGGUCGCCAUCGUCGCGAUGGUAAAGCUGACUCAAUACCUUUCCCUCCUCUGUGAGAGAAUCCAAAGGAUCAACAGAUAAAAACAAAAACUUCUCUGAGAUUUAAUUACAGCGAAAAUACUGUUUUCUCAUUCUUCACCAAAGAACCUUAAGUUUGUAAUGUGCAAGUCUGUUAUAAGUUCCUUACUAUAUUCUUAUAAGUAGAGCAAUAAUGCAAAAGCUGUUCUAUAUGCAAACAUGAUGUUAUUAUUAUGCAGACAACUGGAAAAAAUACUGUUUUGUGUUGACUGUCUAUAUGAUCUUGUUUUAUGCUGAGACUAGUACUUCUUUCUUUUGUAUGGCCAAUAUAGGGCUCAGUGUGACCAUUUGCCAAGCUUAAUCAAUUGACACUUUCAGUGUAAAGGAUUCUGGGGGAAAUUCACCGCUGGACAUUGGGCAGCCAACCACUUGUGCAUCACUGAGGUCUCAUGCCUGGCUCGGUCCAUUCGAUGGAUUUGUGGCUUUGCUUUUUUAUUACUGGCUGCAGCGGGGGGAAAAAAAGCAUUGAUAGGGUUUUUUUAUAGUAAGAUGGCACAAAAGGGACAUGUUUUGAGGCCAGGAUAAGCAUACAGUAUUUCCAGGACUUGGUGAUGCUUUGUGUUUGCUCCCCCAGUUCAGAAGUAAAUUUUACCCUAUGGUGUUUAAGGUCUUUUGGAAAACACUUUGGAGUUUUAUUUUAUUUAGUGCUAUAAUUUCCUUCUGUCUUAUCAACAUCAUCUUUGUCACUUGCAGAAGCUGUAGCCAAAAAAACAAAAAUCACCUUGUUCCAUUUUCUAUUCUAGUCUGAGCCCUGUUGAUGGAGAUGGGACCAGAACACCUUAUGUAAAGGUUUAUUACUCAUUUGUCUUGUAUUUGCUACCAUAUCACUGUAAAGAAAAAAUAACACAAUCAGCUAUUUUUUCAUUUUUUACUUCCAACUAUUUUAGAUUUUUUUACUUGAUAUAUAUACAGAUAUAUAUAUAAAGAAAAAGCUAUAUUAUAUCUAGUUGUGUAUUGGAACUUGAUUAUGGGGGGAGGGUUAUUUGUUUUUACCAACUGGAAAGUGUACAGUAUCACUCAUGUAUCUAUAACCUUCAUCCUUGGAUAAUAACCUAACAUGGAGGAGCAGCACUGCAGGAUCUUAUCCAAUAUUCAUGAUGUUGUUUCAGUCAAAGGUCUCUCUUGCUGUGACAUCGGAAUUGACAAAAAUCUCAUCCAAUACUACGGCUCUGUUAACUGAAUAGUUAGAUAAUCAUCACAACACAUCUGGAAAUCUCUUCUGACCUUAACUCAGUAUGCAGUGCUGGCUGACGUGAAUUAUGAUUUAAAAGGCCCAGGUGCAAUGAUUUAUUGGAAAAACUGAGAUUCUGACUAAGAUAUUGUCUUAUCUGUCAAAUAUUUACCAUGGGGAACCUUGCCAGUAUAAUUUCAUGCACACUAUAGUCACGAUUUCUGCAUAAUUUAUUUUUAUUCUCCUAUAGAAAGCAUUCCUUCUUAUGUUAUGUUUUAAAGACACCUCUCGCAGUUUCUCACUUUGCACUCAGCCUGAAGGACAAACGCAAGGCAGCUCCUGUGAGCACCCUGUGAACUCACUAUCCAAUAGCUCAAAGAAACCAUUUACAGGCCUAUCCAAACCAAGAAACUAACUUUUUUCCCCCCCUCAAAGAGACUGCAAAGCAAGUAUUCUGACUAGUUCAUCUCUAUAUAAGUACCUUUCCGCAAUGUAACAUUAAAAAUUUCAAGAUAUUACAAAACUUUACAAGUCAUGCAAGUGUAAUGUGAGCUGUAAAAGAAAUGAGUUCUCAGCAGUGAAAAUGAACCUGCAAUCUUGUAAUCAGUAGUAUAAUUUUCUUUAGGUAAAUAAAUUCUUGGAGGGUGGGGGUAUUAUGAGGGCUCCAAAAAUAUGUAAUAAAAUAUUAAAUUAAAUCUUUCAGAUUUCAA